AUGGUCUUUGGGAUUCUCACAGCCGUUGCGGCAUGUCCGGCCAUCGUCGGCACGACCGAGGCCAUACGACAAGGACAACGUCAAAAUGCUCGCGAAGAACACCGGGGACGAAAAUCGAACCUGACGAUCUCUUUGCCGGUCAGGAACUCCUACAGCGAACAGUUUGAUGGUGCGAUGGUUGUGUUGAAAGACAACAAGUUGUACAUCGACACGAACCACAGCAGACUUGGCGUGAAUAUGGCUCAUCCUUUCUCGGGGUAUUAUCUACCUGUACCGUGGAUGGGCGAGGCGUGGAAGAAAGCCGGUUUCAGGAACGGCGAAGGAAUGGUCACUACCAUUAGCGAUGAUCCGCCUUUUCUAAACUGGGUGUACCUGGAUAAAGACACAUACGAGGUCAAAUAUGGCAUACGUGUCGAAGCGGAACCUCAUCUUGUCGGCCCCUGGGAUUGUACUCCUAUCGACCGCAGGCUGACUUUCGAGGGAUGGGAAGGUUUCGUAAUCGUACAAGAAGACGAAGAAAACGACCUUUGGGCAUUGUAUUUCGACCGCGACGAUGAUGGCCUGCGAGGCGAAGGCAAAGUUGGCACUCAAGGCAAGAGGAUGCUUCUGGCCGAGGUUUCGAGAAAAGAGAUGCGAAGGACCAAAUUGACCUCGGACGAGGAAAGAAUUACACGGAUUCGCGAACAAGCAGAUAAAGAAAAGAAGCGAGCGCAAGCAGAACUGGAAAUACUAGGACGGAGCAACACGAAACUCAAGCCAGAAAUGGACUGA